UGCCACAUCAAUGCCACAUAUCAAUGCCCAUCAGUGCCACCUAUCAAUGCCAAUCAGUGCCACCUAUCAGUGCCAGUCAGUGUCGCCUGUCAGUGCCGCCUAUCAGUGCCAGUCAGUGUCGCCUAUCAGUGCUGCCUAACAGUGCCAGUCAGUGCUGCCUAUCAGUGCCAGUCAGUGCUGCCCAUCAGUGUUGCUUAUCAGUGCCAUAUAUCAGUGUCAUGUAUCAGUGUCAUGUAUCAGUGCUGCCUUUCAGUGCCCAUCAGUGAUG